UAAUAAAACAUUAUAUUUAAAUUAUUUCAGUUUGUGUCUACGACGUUUUGGAGCUUAUGGUUUAUUGACCGUAGUUUGGUGAUGCCUAAAGAUAUUGACUUAUAUUUUCCAAUUUGGCUGAACCACACAAUGCACACGUUCGUAUUCGUAUUCACCUGCCUAGAAAUGGUCACUGCCUACCGACCUUAUCCAUCCCGUAUUUCCGGGAUGACCACACAUAUUUGUCUGCAGCUAUCUUAUUUAAUAUGGAUUCAUAUUGUGUAUAGUCAGUGCCAUAUGUGGGUGUAUCCAAUCCUUACUCAGUUGAACCUGCCAUUGAGAUGCCUGUUUUUCCUGGGUACAUUUGUGUACACAUCUGUGUUAUACAUAGUUGGCGAAUAUUUCAACAAGUUUGUCUGGGGCUAUCAACCUCAAAAGGUACAAAACCAGUACGAUCCUUAGACAAGAAGUUGAAAAGCUCUCUCAAUACUAUAUGAUUAUUAUUAUUGUAACUUUUACUUUAUUGUUUUUUUUUUUUAUUUAUUUUGUAUUUUUUGAUGACGGAUAUUUGAUUUAAAAUAUAUCGUUCGAUCCAAGACUGUACAACAAUGGAUCUUAAGAUAAAAUUGUAUAAGAC